UCAGUUCCACUCCGCAUUUUGUUCACCAACCACAACGUCUUGUGUCUUCUGUCAGCUGUUGCACUUCACUCUGAAACCAUGGCCAAGGACAUGACUCUGCUGUGGGGCUCCGGCUCUGCUCCCUGCUGGAGGGUGAUGAUCAUGCUGGAGGAGAAGCAGCUGCAGGGCUACAACCAAAAACUGCUCUCGUUUGAGAAAAUGGAGCACAAGUCCCAGGAAGUCCUGGACAUGAACCCCAGAGGUCAGCUUCCUGCCUUCAAAUGUGGGAAACAUAUCCUGAAUGAGUCCUACGCCGCCUGCUUUUUCCUGGAGAACCAGUAUAAGUCCCAGGGAACCAAGCUGAUUCCCGACUCCCCCGAUGCACAAGCACUGAUGUACCAGCGCCUGUUUGAGGCUGUACCACUGUACCAGAAAAUAGUGGAGAUUGUCCUUUACAACUACAGAGUCCCAGAGGGGGAGAGACAUGAUUCUGCUGUUCAGAGAAAUAAGGAGGGUCUGACAGCUGAGCUCAAGCUGUGGGAGGGAUACCUGAAUAAAACGGACUGUUGUCUGGCUGGAAAAGAAUUCACACUGGCUGAUGUCCUUUUUUUCCCAAAUGUUGCUUUUUUGUUCCGCCUUGGGCUAAGUAGUGAACGUUACCCUGCACUGACAAAAUACUACAACGGUCUGAAGGACAGACCCAGCAUCAAAGCCACCUGGCCUCCUCACUGGCAAACCACCCCUGGACCGGGCAUCAUGAAUACCGUCUGAGAUCCAAAUCCUGCUCAGUGGACACACUAAUGGUUCCUGUCAUGAUUUGAUCUGUAACCACUCCUUGCAUUGCACUACUUAAAAAAAACAAAAAACACUUUGCUUCUGCUAUGAAAAGCAAUUUUCUGCAAAGUGUAAAAAGAGGAGAAACUAAAUUUUUAUCCAGUAAAAGAUAAAAGAAUGUUCACACUAAAUAACAUGUAUGAUUGGGUCUAUUUACAUGUGAGAAUAAAAAUCUCCACUGAUUCAGUUUAAUGUUGGUACCACCUUCAUGUUUUACUUAUCCAGCUCCUAUGCCCCUGAUAUGUACGUAUGUAAUGUAAGAGUUAUCAGCUCACCUCUCCUAACUCAGAAACGCAUAUACACACACACCCAGUGUUGAUCAGGUUUUGCACCAAUUCAGUCCUGUGGUAAACUAAUUAAAGUUGUCACUGUUAACAAUCA